GCACACAUCAUCCAGAGCCAGGGCCCACUCCCUGCCCACCACACCCAGGCAAACCACCCUCAGCCUGGGGAAAGACCCAAACAGAAGUCCAGGGCCCAAAUGAGCCUCCCACAUAAACAGCAGACUUGUGCUUUAUUCCAAAUCCCAAAAACAUACCUACCUACCUACCUACCACCCCUUUACAAUGUUCACACUUCGACUAAGGCCACAUCGAACCACCCUGUCACUUCCAUUUACACCUCUAUUUCUGUUCAUCCCCUUGUCUUCCUCCAUCUCUCACCCAGACUCUCCUGAAGCCCCUCACCAUGUCUCAGACUGCCAAGUCCGCCUCCAGCCAGGGCACCGAUGCCAAGGACAAGGGAGCCCCCGCUCCCGCUGCCUCCAGCAAGGCCACCAAGACCGGCGAGCCUGGCGUGGGAUCCUUCAGAAUCAUGCUGUUCGACCAGGAGAACUUCCAGGGCAGGAUGAUCGAGGUCCAGAAUGAGUGUAUGAACGUGUGUGACCGUGGCAUGGAUAGAGUGCGUAGUAUCAUUGUGGAGUGCGGCCCCUUUGUUGCCUUUGAGCAGACUAACUUCCGUGGGGAGAUGUUCAUCCUGGAGAAGGGAGAGUAUCCUCGCUGGGAUACCUGGAGCAACUCCUACCGCAGCGACUGCCUCAUGUCCCUCAGGCCCAUCCGCAUGGACAGCCUGGAGCACAAGAUCUGCCUGUACGAGCUCUCCGACUUCAAGGGCAACAAGAUGGAGAUCCAGGAGGAUGAUGUGCCCACCCUCUGGGCGCAUGGCUUCUGCGACAGAGUGGGCAGCGUGAGGGUGCCAGGAGGAGCCUGGGUGGGUUACCAGUACCCCGGAUACAGAGGCUACCAGUACCUGUUCGAGUGCGGUGACUACAGACACUACAACGACUUCUGCGCCUUCCAGCCCCAGAUCCAGUCCAUGCGUCGUAUCAGGGACAUGCAGUUCCACCAGAGAGGAUGCUUCACCUUCACCUCCGCCAGCAAGUGAACGACACCUGCCGGCCGUCAGGAGCUGCUGUAGCCACGCAGCCCUCGCAGCUUUUUAUUUCUCCAAACGCCACCCUCACCCCCCCCCCCUCCCCUCCCCUCCCCUCCCCUCCCUCCACUCCUUUCCUAAAUCUUCACCAUCGUCGCUCUAUCCCGAAGGAAAGACAGAAUGAGA